UGGCUGCCUGAAGCAAGAAAAGGAGGAUCUGCUGGACCGAGCUGGAGGCUGGCCCUCUUUGCAGGCGGCAGCGGCGGCUGCAACGUGGAGCGACCCAGCCGGGUGUAGGCCACAGCACGGCCCGCAGGAGCGGGGGUCGUGGCUGCCUGCUCAGGCCUUGGCGGAUCUCCCGGGCGGACAGUGCCCCACCGAGUCUCCGAGAGUGAGCCGCUCCGGGGCGCAUCUGCCUCCCCGCGGCUCGCCAGGCUCGCCCUCGGCGCGCGCACACGCACGCGCGCACACGCGCACACAUCCACACGCACACUCAUCCACACACGUGUGGAAGGCAGGGCCCAGCCGCUCGGUCUUUGAACAUCUCAGUUAGAGCCCGGCGCAGUCCCGGCCGCCGCUCAGCGCUCCCCGCGGCCCUGCGUGCCUCCUGCCAGCCCCCGGACCUUCUCGUCUCUUCCCUUUUGGCCGGAGGAUCGGAGUUCAGAUCAGCCACUCCGCACCCGAGCCUGACACACUGAACUCCAUUUCUUCCUCUUAAGUUUAUUUCUACUUCAGAGCCACUCACCCUCUCCCUUCCAGGAGAAAAAACAAACCUUUCUUACUCCUUAAAGUGAGAGAUCCCCCUCCUGCCUCCCUAGCAUCGCAUAUUAAUAUCUCCACGUUGGGAACGCGUUGCAUUUUCUUUUUUAAAGGAAUCCUAGCCAGGGACGUUUUUCUAUUGGGCAUUGACUUUCAACUGCUUUGCAAAAGUUUCGUAUUAAAAACAACUCUACCUGACCCGCUCUGAGAAUUACUAGUUUCUUUUUAUAUUUUUUUCUUACUUUAAACAACAACAACAACGUUUCCUCCUUUUAAAAACAUGCACUACUGUGUGCUGAGAACCUUUUUGCUCCUGCAUCUGGUCCCGGUGGCGCUCAGUCUGUCUACCUGCAGCACCCUCGACAUGGACCAGUUUAUGCGCAAGAGGAUCGAGGCCAUCCGCGGGCAGAUCCUGAGCAAGCUGAAGCUCACCAGCCCCCCGGAAGACUAUCCGGAGCCGGAUGAGGUCCCCCCGGAGGUGAUUUCCAUCUACAACAGUACCAGGGACUUACUGCAGGAGAAGGCAAGCCGGAGGGCAGCCGCCUGCGAGCGCGAGCGAAGCGACGAGGAGUACUACGCCAAGGAGGUUUAUAAAAUCGACAUGCCGUCCCACUUCCCCUCCGAAAAUGCCAUCCCGCCCACUUUCUACAGACCCUACUUCAGAAUCGUCCGCUUCGAUGUCUCAACAAUGGAGAAGAAUGCUUCAAAUCUGGUGAAGGCAGAGUUCAGGGUCUUUCGCUUGCAGAACCCCAAGGCCAGAGUGGCUGAACAACGGAUUGAACUGUAUCAGAUCCUUAAAUCCAAAGACCUAACAUCUCCAACCCAGCGCUACAUUGAUAGCAAGGUUGUGAAAACCAGAGCCGAGGGGGAAUGGCUCUCCUUCGACGUGACAGACGCCGUGCACGAGUGGCUUCACCACAAAGACAGGAACCUGGGAUUUAAAAUAAGUUUACACUGCCCCUGCUGUACCUUCAUACCGUCUAAUAAUUACAUCAUCCCAAAUAAGAGCCAAGAGCUGGAGGCGAGAUUCGCAGGUAUCGAUGGCACCUCCACAUAUGCCAGUGGUGAUCAGAAAACUAUAAAGUCCACUAGGAAAAAAAGCAGUGGGAAGACCCCGCAUCUCCUGCUAAUGUUGUUGCCCUCCUACAGACUGGAGUCCCAGCAGUCCAGCCGGCGACGGAAGCGGGCUUUGGAUGCCGCCUAUUGCUUUAGGAAUGUGCAGGAUAAUUGCUGCCUUCGCCCUCUUUACAUUGAUUUUAAGAGGGAUCUUGGAUGGAAAUGGAUCCAUGAACCCAAAGGAUACAAUGCUAACUUCUGUGCUGGGGCAUGCCCUUAUCUGUGGAGUUCAGACACACAACACACCAAAGUCCUCAGCCUGUACAACACCAUAAACCCCGAAGCUUCUGCUUCCCCUUGCUGUGUGUCCCAGGAUCUGGAACCACUGACCAUCCUCUACUACAUUGGCAAUACGCCCAAGAUCGAACAACUUUCCAACAUGAUCGUCAAGUCUUGUAAAUGCAGCUAAAGUCCUCGGGAAAGCCAGGAUGAAAAUCACGGUGACAAUGACGUAUGACGACAAUGACGAUGAUAAUGUUCGUGACGUGAGGGAGUUUUGAUUCAUCAGUGUUGAAAAAAAAAUUGGAGGAAAAAAAAAUCGGUACUAGUUCAAACACUUUGCAAGCUUGUGUUCUGUUUGUUAAAACUGGCAUCUGGGAUUACAGCAACAACAGCCACAAAAAUGGAAGGCGUUAGUCUGCAUCUCACCUACUUCCUGAGAGACACAAAAAGAAAACAUCUUUUUUUUUUUAAAGGAAAAAAUAAACACUGGAAGAAUUUGUUAGUGUUAAUUAUGUGAAAGAAAAAACAAAACAAAACAGGAAAAUCCGUUCAGUGGAGUUGUAUGUAUUGUUUCCACCCCAUUCUUCACCCCACGCCUCUCUUGUUUCCUCUGUAUUGCUCUGCAAUGGGCGCCCUCCCCAUCCCUUCCUCUGAGUUAACAGUGGGUUAUUUAUUGUGUUACUAUAUAAUGAACCUUUCAUUGCCCUUGGAAAAUAAAACAGGUGUAUAAGUGGAGACCAAAUACUUUGCCACAAACUCAUGGAUGGCUUAAGGAAUUUGGACUCAAAUAAGCCAGGGGGAAGGAGGUCAUACUGGAUGACCCCCUGUGAGCCGUUAUAGAACUGAGCAAGUCUGAGAAAAAAAAUCAAAGCCCCAGAAAACAUGUGCUGUGCACUGCCUGCCGAAGCUUCAUGAGCAGCCAUCUGUCCAGAAGGCCUGUUAACAAGAAAACUUGGAAUCAGUGGGAAUCUGGAAGAUUGGUUUUUUUUCCUUCUAAUUGUAAAUGGUUCUUUGCCAGUUUAAGCAAGCCGGUGAAAUGGUGACCUGCUUGGAUGUGUAUUGUCAGACUUUUGACCGUGAAGUGGCUGUUGAUCUACAAUACAGGUUUUUUUUUCCCUUUGUCUUGGUAUACGUAAUUACAUGGAUAUUAUUAAAAUAGACGGGUCUAGAAGCCAGCAUGAUGAAAACACACUGCAAAUCUGUUUUACAAACUAUUAAAUCGAAACAGUAACUACUUUACAUGUAAUGUGUAGAUCUUACCACAUUUUUAAAUAUUCUGUAAUAAUGAUUAUGAUUUAGAUUGAACUUAAAUUUGAACUCUCUCUCUUUUUUUAAUGAUCAUUCAGACUGUAUGUUUGCCUCCUUUAGCUGGCCAGUACCUUUGAAUAAAACCCCUAGAUUUUGACUUGCACUACAAAUUCAAGUUUUUAAUACUGUCUUCUCUGCCUGUAUUUUAUGUAUUGUCCAUUUUCCCCAUACCCCCAGUUCCUUCUAGUUUCCAAAAGACAAAAAAAAAAGAAAAAAAAAGAAAAAAAGAAAGAAAACAAAAAUAAAAAACAAAGCCCAAAAAGAUAGGUUUGAGUUCCAGUGUACCCCAUCUUUUUUUGCGUCAGUAUGAGUCAGGUUGGCUGGUAAGCGGUGCUUCUCCUGGGAAAAUGGAGCCUGGUCAACACAGAGGACUGAGCACAAAUGUAGUUUUGGAAAGGGUUUCAGAAUCUGAACUCAGAGUCUCCGUGACUGGGCUAGGAAAAGUUUCUCUAGGUCAUAUAUUUAUAGACCCUUUUUGCUGUUCAAAAGCAAACAGUUCAAAGGAAGCAUCUUUUUCUUUAAUUGGGCUUUUGGUAUUCAUAGGGAGUAUGAAAAGGUUGAGUUUUUCAAAGGGGGAGAAAAGUCCAGCCAGCAUUCAUCAUUUUGUUUGUAAUUUCAUUCAUUAUUUUCGUGAUAUUACUGAGGUUCAGGUGUUGAAAGACAUUCUUUGCAGGGUGACAAAAAAAAAAAAAAGGCACAAACCAAAAUCACCCUUGUCAAACCAUUCUUCCAAGCAAGCAUGCUCUACCCGAGGUCAGCCUCCAUUUGAAGUUGUUGGAUCUCUCUGUUGUGGGGCCUGACAGUAGGUUUUACAGGGUGGGUGUCCUUGUCACAUAGCUUCAAAAUAUAAACCGGUCCAUGACACGAUGGACUAUUUGUGGUCUUCCCCCAAAGGGCAGCACAGUGAGGUGUGAAUGCAAAGAGAAUUUCUUUGAUCGUGGACACACUUCUCUGAAGAGCUUUCCUCGGAAUUCACUAAGACGGAGAAUGGAAUUUUCCAGCCAGAAGACAGACAGAGCAAGCACUGGUGAACGGCCUCCGUGUUGGGUGCAGCACAACCCCAGAUCUGCACCUCAGCUCCUAUUUCCCCCUUCCAUGUUUCUGUUGUUUCUGUAUAACUCCUCACCAGCCCUUAUUUCUGCAGAUACUUUCCUCUCGGAUAAAAUGACAUUUAUGUUCUGUAUGAUUUGUCUCUCCUUCUGAAUGCACUGACUGCUAGUUUAAGGGUUCUUGAAUCUAUUUUACGUUUAAGUCUGUGGGUUCUACAGGUCUUUCUUUCCAGUUAGUAAGUAUUGCCACGGGAGGGGUGGUGGUAGGGAGGGGGAGGGAGGUGUUAGCAUAUGGGUGGGGCAGCGGAUUGUAUGUGUUAAGCAACAGUACAAUUUUAUGGUUGGCAUGGAUUUUAAAGAAUGGGUUAUAAGAGCAGAUGUUACAUGUUUUGAUGACCAAUUGCGCUGUAUUUUUAACACGAUGCAUGUCUGGUUUUGUGGUGCUCUAGUGGUAAAUAAAUUAUUUCAGUUACA